AUGGCCGGGCCCUCUCCUCAUAAGCCGAGACGCAAGGCGAAGCGGGCUGGCGGCAAUGGCCCAAGCAACCUUCCUGUCAUCAUGGAGCGCGAAGCUCUCGUCCGCGUCCCUUCCUUUCCCCUGGCGGCCUUCCUCUGGCCAGCUAGGAGCUCAGUAUCGCAAUGGGAAUUGUUGCCAUUGAUACUUAUGGUUGUUGGCCUGUUCCGUUGGGCUGCAGGUCUUUGGGGCUAUUCGGGCUUCAAGAAACCGCCUAUUUUCGGCGACUACGAGGCCCAGCGUCAUUGGAUGGAAAUCACAACACAGCUUCCCAUUUCGCAAUGGUACUUUCACGACCUCGAGUGGUGGGGCUUGGACUAUCCUCCCCUUACAGCAUAUCACAGCUGGAUCUGUGGCAAGAUCGGAUCUCUCAUCAACCCGGCAUGGUUUGCGCUUUACGACUCGAGGGGCUCCCAUGAUCCGACGCUUAAGAUCUUCAUGAGGUCCACCGUGCUGGUCUCCGAAUACCUGAUUUAUAUCCCCGCCGCCGUCAUCUUCGUACGCCGCUUCAGCAGGCUCAGCGGUGUUCCCACCUGGACCUCCUCUGUUGCUCUUGUGGCGAUACUGAUGCAACCGGCCACUAUCCUCAUCGAUCACGUUCAUUUCCAGUAUAACACGGUUAUGCUGGGUUUUGUGCUUGCUAGCAUGUCAAGCAUGCUUGCCGGACGCAACUUCUGGGCCUCCUUCUUUUUUGUUAUGGCGCUGGGUUUCAAACAGAUGGCCCUCUACUAUGCCUUCUCGGUGUUCGCAUAUCUCUUGGGAGUUUGCGUUUUCCCCCAUAUCAACAUCCCGAGAUUCAUCGGGAUUGCUUUGGUCACCGCGGUGUCUUUCGCAAUCCUGCUUCUCCCCAUUGUGAGUGGCACUUUGUCCGAGGCCAGCCGUGGAAUCACUGCCCACCCUAACGGUGCUCAUCCCCCUCUCCCGUUGUUCGCGGAUCUGGCAAAGCACUUGAACACCGAGGCAUUCUACUACCCGGUCGUCGAACAGCUCGUCCAGAUGAUCCACCGCGUGUUUCCCUUUGCUCGCGGUCUCUUCGAGGACAAGGUCGCCAACUUCUGGUGCGCCGCAAACGUGGUGAUUAAGCUCAGAAACUAUCCGGCUGAGCUGCUGCAGAGAGGUGCGUUAGUUGCGACACUGGCAGCAAUCAUUCCGCCUAACCUCAUCUUAUUCCUGCGACCGCGCAAGCACCUCUUGCCCCUUGCUUUUGCUACAACCGCCUGGGGCUUCUUCCUGUUCAGUUACCAAGUCCACGAGAAGAGUGUCCUUCUCCCCUUGAUGCCCAUGACCCUGCUGCUUGCGGGGAGACAAGGGUUGGGCAAGGAUACGCGUGCCUGGGUAGGGUUUGCCAAUAUCCUGGGCUGUUGGACCAUGUAUCCAUUGCUGCAACGAGUCAAUCUCAGAGUCCCGUAUACGGUCUUGACUCUUCUUUGGGCGUACCUCCUCGGUCUGCCCCCGACUUCGCUGAAUGCGUACUUCCAGGACGGUUCAAGCAUCUGGAGUCAAUGGGCCACCGCCUUCAUCCAUGGCUUCUUUUACCUGACAAUGGCGUUCUGGCAUGUGUUGGACAUGUUCGUCGUGGCUCCGAAGGACAAGCCAGAUCUUUGGGUGGUUGCCAACGUCGGCGUUGGUGCUGUUGGGUUCUCGUUGUGCUAUCUUUGGUGUCUCGGGAGCCUUAUCAUCGAGAGUGAGAUUUUACCCACGUCUUGGACCGGCAAGAAAACGAAAGCGAAAACUCAGUAG